CUAUAAAUACCGGGCAGACUGCGUCACUGCUAACCCGAUUGAGUCGCAGCCUUGUGGAUCUUUACAUGUGAGACGCCAAGCGACCCUACGUGCGUUUGUCGCGACAGCGCCUGCGGCAGCCGUGCUCCUUGAAGCCCACCAGAUCAACGCCUGAGGCGAGAUGAGCGCGCCUGUCUCCCGAUCCCAUUGGAACUGCGAUCACUUUUGGCAACCCGAGCCCGCGCUCCUGCCUCCGGGGUGACACGCAGCCCUGCCGCCCAGACAGAUGGCCCCAGGCCAAGCUCCUCAUCACACCGGGCCCUGGCAGGAUGCCCACACUCCAUACCUACUGUCCCCGCUGAUGGGCUUCCUAAGCCGGGCCUGGAGCCUCCUGAGGGGGCCAGGAUCCCAACUUCCCCGGCUGCUUGAAGCCGGAACGGUAGCAGAUGAGAUAGAAACUGGAGUGGAGGAAGACAGCAGAGCCGCUGAGGGGGAUGGAGAGGCGGCAGCAGGGCCCAGCCUCGAACUGAAAGCCAGCAGUUCUGUUCCUGAAGCCUGGGGACCUUCCUGUGGUGAGGAUGUGGAGAAUAUCAAGGAAGAAGCAGACGGGCAGCCACCAAGGAAAUUCACGCACAGCCAGCCUGCGCCCCUGUCCGCCAGCCCGCUGCUAAGUGCCCUGCCAGGUACUGAUAAGAGCCCCAGAGAGGAGCAGGCUGAAGGAAGGAAACCUGCUGAAGAGGAGAGAUCUCCCAAGGCAUCUUAUCUUGCAUCACAGCGCCAGGGUGUUCCCUCCAGGGAGGAUGAGGAGGAUGGAGAAGCUGUCAACAAAGAAGCUGCUGCCACCUCUGCUUCCUCUUUGGCCCCAAGGCCCAAGCCCAGCACUUGGCUGUGUUGCCCAGGGGAGGAAGAGGAGCGAGCCACGGAGGACAAAGGAACAGAAAAUAAAGAAGCUGGGGAGGCCCCCAACACCCCCUGGAGGUCAGGCUCCUGCCCCAGGACCUGGCAGAGUCACUCAGAAGGAGCAGCGGAGAAGGGAUCAAAGGCCAAAGAAGCAGCCAAGAAAGGAGAAGCUGACCCGGAACCACGGUCCUCAGUUCCCACCCAAGGGCUCCUGUUCGGGCCCUGUGAGGGUCAACCCAGAGAGAACGCAGAGGAAGAGGAGGGGGCAGAUGAGGCCUGGGAUUCCGAAUCAGCCGAGAAGGAGAAAGAAGCUGAGGGUUCUUCUACCCCUACCACAAAUGCCUUUCUAAAAGCCUGGGCGUAUCGGCCUGGAGAGGCCACAGAGGAAGAGGAGGAGGAGGAGCCAGAAGAUGAGGACGGAGAUUCAGAAUCAGCAGAAGAGGGAGAAGCUGAGGCUUCCUCCACCACCAGCCCCUUCCUCAGGGCCUGGGUUUAUCGACCUGGAGAGGACACUGAGGAAGAAGAGGAGGAAGAUGAGGACAGAGAUUCAGGAUCAGCAGAAGAGGGAGAAGGUGAGGCUUCCUCCACCAAUCCUUUCCUGAGGGCCUGGGUUUAUCAGCCUGGAGAGGACACUGAGGAAGAAGAGGAAGAGGAGGAUGAGGACAGAGAUUCAGGAUCAGCAGAAGAAGGAGAAGCUGAGGCUUCCUCCACCACCAGCCCCUUCCUCAGGGCCUGGGUAUACCGGCCUGGAGAGGACACAGAGGAUGAUUGGGAGGAGAACCAGGACGCAGGAAAUGAUUCGGGAGCAGCUGAGGACAGAGAAGCUGACUGGGGCCCACGCCCCUCCCUUCAGCUCCCGGGUGCCCCGCAGAGGGCCUGGACAGCGCCACCGGCAGGAGAGACAAGGGAAGAGCAGGCUGCUGAGGUCUGGGCUGGAGCUGAGCCCGGCCCUCUCGCUGUGGCCAUCUAUGUCCCUGGACAGAAGCCCCCGGCUCCCUGGCCUGCUCCUAAGCUGCCCCUUAGACUGCAGAGGAGGCUCCAGUUGUCAGAGACCCUCACCCAGGAUCGGGACCCUGAAACUCCCCUGAAGGAUAGAAAGGUGCGCUUCUCCGAGAAGGUCACCGUGCAUCUCCUGGCUGUGUGGGCUGGGCCCGCCCAGGCCGCCCGCCGGGGCCCCUGGGAACAGCUCGCCCUGCCUCCCUGCCUGGAGCUCAGUGGGAGGCGUGGUUAA